AUGCAGCUUUUUUCUCAGGGUAGGCGGAUCACGGUGAUAGCAAUGGAAUCGGAAAGCGUGGUGAUGAAUCUGGCACACUUGGGGGCACCUAAGAUACUCAUAGCUGUGGUGCUUGGAGUCAUGUGGUCCAAGAACUUACCUGACAUCCAUCCUCGGUUUCAUUUUUUUGAUCUUUUCUGUGGAGAAGCCCAAGCAUCUCGUGCUGCGAAAGCUCGGGGGUAUUCUGUGGCAUCCUUUGACAAACUCCGUGCCCUUGGUCAGCGGACCAUGGAUUUUUGUACUCCACCUGGACUGCUGCUGACCAUUCACACCAUCCUGUGUCUACAUGUGCAAAGCAUUUGCCUUCUCGGGCCUUGCUGUGCCAGCUGGGGAGUGCCAGCACGGGGCACUUCGAAACGCAGUUACAUUAACCCCUAUGGUGCACAAGAACUGGGUUUUGUCUCUGAUGCCAACCAAACGGUUGCCUUGGCAACGCUAUUGUGUAUGUUGCUUUUGGCGCGGAACUGCUUCUACAUUCUGGAGCAACCAUCAAAUACUUUGCUACACAGACAUCCUAGAUGGGACUAUUUCUGCAAUCAUGUGAGCUUCGUUUUCCGGUGUGCUUUUUGGAUGCUUCUUCACGGAAGUCUGAGUUCCAAGCGUACGGUUUGCUUCUCGAAUGGGGAAUGGAUCCAGCACUUGGACCUGGGAACGCUGUCUGCCGCGCAGAGGAUUUCACAAACAAAGAUUGAACCAACCAGAAAAUACGUUCGUAAAGGUCAACAGAAGUUUCAGGGAACUUCCCAAUUGAAAUCCACUGGGGCCUAUCCUCCUGGCUUUGCACACAAGAUCUUAGACUCUUACGAAAGCCGUGGGACAGUUGGCUGUGCUUUGAGAUUCAAGAGGAAAAUCGAUGUUUCAAAAACCGACCGGCAAAUCUUUGAGGAGUUGGAUUUAGGAGAUCUUUGGCUUGAGUCCAAGCUUCACCUGGCUUGGUUUUACAUCCAUGGCAACAAAUAUUUAGCAAUUCCAGAAUCGUGGAGGGAUACCAUGGAAAGCUUUCACCGAGAGCUUUGUGCAAGGGUAAGGAUCGAUGAAUCUGAUCGCCAAGCCCUUAACCAGCUCAUUGCAGAAUGCAAUGAGCUUUGA